CACAAUCAUCUGUGAUACCAGUCGAUGCUUGAACUUCUUCGUAAGCACGGAAUUUAUUAUUUGCUUUUAGUCGUUUAACAAAGAUUUAAUAAAAAGGAUGUAUUUAUUUUUAUUCAUUGUUGCUAUCAGUUACAUAUUAUCGAUUAGUAUUGUUGAUGCACAGCAUUUAAAACUUGAAUCAAAUUGCUUAACACCAAAUGGAACUGGUGGAAGCUGUAUAAACAUACGUCAAUGUUUGCCAUUGGUAACAAUGCUUCAAGAGAAACCUCUUCGUCAAGAAACUAUUGACUAUUUAAAAAGAUCUCAAUGCGGUUUAGAAGGUCACGAUCCUUGGGUAUGCUGUCCUACCGAAUUCAAUUCAACCGUUUCAUCUUCUAUUUUGUUGAAUAACCCACAAACAAAAGUUCAAAAUUGCACAUUGGAAAAUCUAGAUAAUAAUGAUCCCAUCAUCAGACUACUUAAUAAUCCUUUGAUACCAUGUGAAUGUGGAAGAGAUUCGAUACCUCGCGAUUUGACAGCUGCAGAUACAACUCCUGGUGAAUUUCCAUGGUUGGUCUUAUUGGAAUAUAAAAAUGGAAAUGAAACAAUACAUCACUGCACAGGAACUCUUAUUACAAACCGUUAUGUUCUAACUGCAGCUCAUUGCUUGAAUAACAUAAACUAUGGGAAAUUAAUAAACGUGAGAUUAGGCGAGCACGAUCUAAAUUCAACUAAGGAUUGCGUUAAACGCGAUGAUGACGUAAUUACAUGCUCAGAUGAUCCGAUAACAGUUGAGAUCGAAGAAACCAUCAGUCAUGAAUUAUACCUACAGGUUUCCAGAAAUAGGGAAUAUGACAUAGGAUUAGUGCGAUUAUCAAGAGACAUAAUUUCGACUGAUUAUGUUAAACCUAUUUGUUUACCUAGAUCUUCUGUAAUCGAUAAAAGAUUGUACGCAGCUGGUUGGGGUGGAACUUUAACGAGUUCAUCUUCAAAUGUUAAGCUUAAAGUUUCGUUACCACUCGUUGACAAAGAUUCGUGUUAUAGAAUUUACAGAUCAAGAUGGAACCUAAAAUUAGGUUUUGAACAGAUUUGUGCUGGCGGUGAGGAAAAUAGAAGUGCGUGUCGCGGUGAUUCAGGUGGACCACUAAUGACAUUUAAAAAUUUACCAAAUGGUGACAAAAUAUGGACAGCUGUUGGAAUCAUAUCGUUCAGUGCUUUUCCUUGUGGUUUAUCCAGUGGACCUAGUGUUUCUAAUAAAGUGUACGAUUUCAUUCCAUGGAUAAUUAGUAAAAUAAGACCUUGUACACCAUUAUUAAAAAAACUAGAAGAAAAACCUCUUCGUCAAGAAACUAUUGACUAUUUAAAGGGUUCUCAAUGUGGUUUCGAUGGACUAGUUCCACUCGUAUGCUGUCCUCCUAACAUUAAUUCGUCUAAUGUCAAUUUUAAUAAACCGUUAGAAAUAUCUACAGAAACCUCAAUAAGCACAUUACAGAAUGUAAAUAUUAAUGACGCUAUUAUUAAAUUACUCGAUAAUUCCUUAUUACCAAGUGAUUGUGGUAGAGAUCCGAUACCUCGAGAUUUAGAAUCAGCAACUACUACCCUUGGCGAAUUUCCAUGGUUGGUAUUAUUGGAAUAUAAUAAUGGAACCAAUACUGUAUCUCCAUGCUUAGGAGCACUUAUAAGCAAACGUUAUGUUCUUACUGCAGCACAUUGUUUGAUAGAACGUCCAACGUGGAUAUUGUCAAGUGUACGAUUAGGAGUGCACGAUCUGCGUUCAUCAACGAAUUGUGUUAAACGUGAUAACGAGAACAUUUGUAUUGAUGGUUCAAUCAGUGUUGAGAUCGAGGAAUCAUUCAUACAUGAACUAUACGAACUAUAUAAUACCAAACGUUAUUAUGAUAUUGGAUUAGUGCGAUUAUCAAAAGACAUUGUUUCGACUUAUUAUUUUAAGCCUAUUUGUUUGCCUAGAUCUUCUAUAAUCAAUAAAAUAUUGUAUGUAGCGGGCUGGGGUAAAACUUUGACGAGUUUAUCUUCAAAUGUUAAGCUUAAAGUUUCGGUACCACUCUUUGACCGGGAUCGUUGCAAUAGUUUGUACAGAUAUCUCACGAACCUAACUUUAAGUGUAGAACAAAUUUGUGCCGGUGGUGAAAAAGAUAGAGAUUCAUGUAGUGGUGAUGCUGGUGGACCACUUAUGGAUUUUCAGGAUUUACCUAAUGGUGAUAAAAUAUGGAGAGCUGUAGGAAUCGUAUCCUUUGGUCCUACUCCUUGCGGUCAUACUAAUAUUCCUGGCGUUUAUACUAAAGUGUAUGAUUUCAUUCCAUGGAUAAUUAGUAAGAUGAGACCUUAAGAAAGUAUAUCAUUUAUUUAAUAGAAAUGUAAUAAUAUUUUUCUAUUUAAAUAACAUUCACUUUGUACUUAUAGAUAUAUUAAUCUUUCGUCAUGUCUUAAGAUGAAUUUAUUUUUGUUUUUUUUUUGUUAAAAAUUCGGAACAGUAAACAUAAUCCUUAUUUUUACAAUUUCUAAUACCUUCAAAUCGAUAUUGAUUAUUGUGGGGGUUCAGACAGGGAGAAAUAUAAAACUAAACUUGAUAAAAUAUAGUUUAUUAAAUUAUGAUGAUGUGAUGUCGAGCGAUAUUUACAUAAGUUUACAAAAAGUGACGUGGUUACAAAAAUACAGAAUACAAAAGGGUUACAAAUAUAAGACCGACAGACUGAUUUGCAGAAUAACAAAUAACACACAGACAGAUACAGACGGACUAACUAAGGAUUGAAGACUAAAGACUGAUUAAGGACUGAUACAGACUAAAAACUAAUUAAGGACAGAUACAGACUGAGCACUAAGGACAUUUUCUUACUUCUUUCCACAUAUUUAUAUCAAAAAUGAGCUACACCCCUUUGGAGAGGGAAGGAGAUUAUGAAUUUUAUUGACCAAUAGCAUAAGGAUUCACUCCAUGGUCCACCGAUGGGUACAACCUAUGUUUUUUUUGGUAGUGGAAACUAGACAUAAAAAAAUUUGAUCUAGAAUAUCGUAAUGUUAUUUAUUUAUGGUAUCGUACGUGUUUAGAUAGGAAUCUGAAACUUCUCAAAGGUCCCGACACCGCACAAACGGUAUUCAUCGCGUCUAUAUAUCUCGAUAAUUCUUAGGUUUGUUUAUAGUUUUAUGGCCCUCCUAAUCUUUUCUUUUAGUCUCUGAAUAGAGUUUUCUUUUUCCAGAAAAUAAAAUAUAAAGAAAAGAACUUAACACUAGUCUUUUUUUCCUACAUUAUAAUUAUUAUAACUAAUAUAUGAAUGAGAAUAAUCACUCCUUCAAAAAAUAUUAAACAUAGUGAAAAAUUUAUAUAUAAUACUAUAUUCAAAAUGAUCC